AAGAGGAGCAGAGGAGGAGCAGAGGAGGAGCAGAGGAGGAACAGAGGAGGAGCAGAGCAGCAGAGGAGGAGCAGAGGAGCAGAGGAGGCUCACACAGACUCAGGAGGUGUUGGACUGUUUGUCUGAGACUAAAUGAGGCCCACACAGACACAGAGCUCAGCCUCCUGUCAGUCAUGUGAGUGAAGCCCCGCCCACCUGGACUGCAGCCAAUAGAGGAGCAGCUCUGACUCACUCCAGGAAGAAGAAACAAAAAAGCCACUUCCUUCAGCUACGCACUUUUCUCUGAGACACUUUGGACUCUUUGGAUCCACUCAGGACUCUGGACUGAGCAUGGAUCAGAGAGAGACCAGAGAGGACGCAGCCCCUCCCACCACCAGCAGGGCGGCGCUGGAGAGUGAACACUCUAUUGGACGACUGAUUGAUUUUAAAAAGGAGCAUGGUCCACAGAUCCACCAGAAACAUCCUCCAUCUGAACCUGGUCCCAUCUGUGAGUCCCUCAGGAGUGACUGGUCUAUGGGACGUCCUAUUGAAUUUGCCACAGAGCCAGUGGAGCAGCAGGUUCCAGAGGUCUCCAGUGGUCAGCACCAUCAGACACAGCUGGACUCCAUAUUUAAGCUUCUGGAGGAGGACAUCUUCACUUUUGUCCAGAAGGAGCUGAAGAAGCUCCACAAGGUUCUGAGUACAGAUUACCCAGAAUGCUUAGAGCCUGUGGAGGAUGAGGAUGAAGAGCAGAGGAGCAGCAGUGAGGCUGUUCUGAAGAUCACACUGAACUUCCUGAGGAGGAUGAAACAGAAGGAGCUGGCUGAGCGUCUGUGGAGCAGGAGUUAUUACGGAGAUUAUCAACGUAAACUGAAGUCUAACCUGCAGCAGAAGUUUGAGUGUGUGUUUGAGGGCAUCCCUAAAGCAGGAAACCCCACCCUUCUGAAUCAGAUCUACACAGAGCUCUACAUCACAGAGGGAGGGUCUUCAGAGGUCAACCAGGAACAUGAGGUCAGACACAUGGAAACAGCCUCCAGGAAACCAGACCCAGCAGAGACACUCAUCACAUGUGAAGACAUGUUUAAAGGCCCAGCUCACACACAUGGACCAAUCAGAACAGUGCUGACAAAGGGAGUGGCUGGCAUCGGGAAAACAGUGCUCACUCAGAAGUUCAGUCUGGACUGGGCUGAAGGCAAAGCCAACCAGGACAUACAGCUGCUGUUCCCGUUCACUUUCAGAGCACUCAAUGUGCUGAAGGAGAGAAGCUUCAGCUUGGCGACACUUGUUCAUCACUUCUUUAGUCAAACACAAACAGAAAUCUGCAGCUUUGAAGACCUCCAGGUGCUCUUCAUCUUUGACGGUCUGGACGAGUGCAGACUUCCUCUGGACUUCACCAAAACCAAGGCCCUGACCGACCCCACGGAGUCCACCUCACUGCACGUGCUGCUGGUAAACCUCAUCAGGGGGAGCCUGGUUCCCUCCGCUCGCCUCUGGAUAACCACAAAACCCGCGGCGGCCAAUCAGAUCCCUGCUGAGUGCGUCUCCAUGGUAACAGAGGUCAGAGGGUUCACCGACUCACAGAAGGAGCAGUACUUUAAGAAGAGGUUCAGAGAUGAGGCCGACACAAUCAUCUCCCACAUCAAGAUGUCCAGAAGCCUCCACAUCAUGUGCUACAUGCCAAUCUUCUGCUGGAUCGCUGCCACAGUCCUGGAGCAUGUGUUGAAAAGCAGAGAGAGAGGAGAGCUGCCCAAGACCCUGACUCAGAUGUACAUCCACUUCCUGGUGGUUCAGGCCAAAGUCAAGAACAUCAAGUAUGAAGGAGCAUCUGAGACAGACCCACACUGGAUUCCAAAGACCAGGAAGAUGGUGGAGUCUCUGGGAAAACUGGCCUUUGAGCAGCUGCAGAAAGGAAACCUGAUCUUCUACGAGUGUGACCUGAGGGAGUGUGGGCUGGACACUGCAGAGGCCUCAGUGUACUCUGGAGUGUUCACACAGGUCUUUAGAGAGGAGCCAGGCCUGUACCAGGACAAGGUCUACUGCUUCAUCCAUCUGAGUGUGCAGGAGUUUCUGGCUGCUCUUCACGUCCAUCAGACCUUCAUCAACACUGCGAUCAACCUGCUCUCAGAGAAACAAGUAUCAUGGUGGACAUUUAUUUUUAGUCAAUUUAGCAGUAAAUCAGUAAAAUUUUAUCAGACAGCUGUGGACCAGGCCUUGCAGAGUCCAAAUGGACACCUGGACCUGCUCCUCCGCUUCCUCCUGGGUCUUUCACUGUCGACCAAUCAGAGUCUUCUACACGGUCUGAUGACACAGACAGGAAGUAGCAUCCAGACCAAUCAGAAAACAACUGAGUACAUCAAAAAGAAGCUGAGUGAGGAUGUGUCUGCAGAGAGGAACAUCAACCUGCUCCACUGUCUGAAUGAACUGAAUGAUCGUUCUCUGGUGGAGCAGAUCCAACAGGUCCUGAGUUCAGGACGUCUGUCUGAAGGUGGACUGUCUCCUGCUCAGUGGUCAGCUCUGGCCUUCAUCUUACUGUCAUCAGAAGCAGAUCUGGACCAGUUUGAGCUGAAGAAAUACUGUGCUUCAGAGGAGGCUCUCCUGAGGCUGCUGCCAGUGGUCAAGGCCUCCAACAAAGCUCUACUGAGCAGCUGUAACCUGUCAGAGAGAAGCUGUGAAGCUCUGUCCUCAGUCCUCAGCUCCCAGUCCUCUAGUCUGACAGUCCUGGAUCUCAGUCACAACAACUUGAAGGACUCAGGGCUGAAGAUGUUGUCUGUUGGUCUGAAGAGUCCUCACUGUAAACUGGAACAGCUCAGUCUGUCCCACUGUGGGCUGUCCCCUCACAGCUGUGGGCCUCUGUCCUCAGUCCUCAGCUCACAGUCCUCUAGUCUGACAGUCCUGGAUCUCAGUCUCAACGACUUGAAGGACUCAGGGCUGAAGAUGUUGUCUGUUGGUCUGAAGAGUCCUCACUGUAAACUGGAACAGCUCAGACUGUCAGGUUGUCUGGUCUCAGAGGAAGGCUGUGCUUCUCUGGCCUCAGCUCUGAGGUCCAACUCCUCCCAUCUGACAGAACUGGACCUCACCUACAACCACCCAGGAGACACAGGAAUAAAGCUCCUGUCUGCUCUACAGGAGGACCCUCACUGCGCACUGGACACUCUCAGACUGAGACCUGCUGGAGAACGAUGGAUGAAUCCGAUCUGGAGAUAUUUCUGUGAUCUCACUCUGGAUCCAAACACAGCUCACAGAAAACUCAAACUGUCUGACAACAACAAGAAGGUGACACAUGAGACAGAGGAGCAGCCGUAUCCAGAUCAUCAGGACAGAUUUGAGCUCUGGUAUCAGAUUCUGUGUUCCACUGGUCUGACUGGUCGCUGUUACUGGGAGGUUCAGUGGAGUGGAGAUGUUUUUAUAUCAGUGUCUUACAGAGGAAUCAGAAGGAAAGGUGACAGUUAUGACAGUGCAUUUGGAUACAAUGAUCAGUCAUGGAGUCUGGUCUGUUCUGAAAGUGGUUUCUUUGUUUGUCAUAAUAAUGAACGUGCCUCCCUCCCUCAGCCCUGGUCCUCCUCUUCUGGGAGAGUUGCAGUGUUUGUGGACUGUCCUGCUGGCUCUCUGUCCUUCUACACAGUCUCCUCUGACCAACUGACCCACCUCCACACCUUCAACACCACAUUCACUCACACUCUGCUCCCUGGGUUUGGGCUCUCUUCCUAUGACUCCUCAGUGUGUGUGUGUGUGCUCUGACACACUCACCCUCCUCUGUGUAAAAUACAACAGUCAAAUCUGUAGAAAAAUCACUUUGUAAAUGUUUUAUUUUGACUUGAUUUGAGCAGAGAUUUCUUUUCUAAUGUGUUAUUUCCUCUCAAAGACAAACUGCAGACAUCAGCCUCACACUAGUGUCUGUACUGAACAAAUCACUGUGUUCAAUAUGAACUUUACAAACUCAUAAACAGGCACCACAUGCAGUAAGUGUACAGUCUGUAUAUGUGCUACUUUGGUCCUUGUUUGUUUGAUUGGGUUCAAUACUCCCAUAAGAAAGUAUGUUGUAUUUUUAUGUUCUGAGGCAGUGUUUUUGUCCAAUAAGAAGGAGGAGGAGACACAGUGGUGUAGACCGUAGUAAUUAGUACAUGUGGUCUUUUAUCAACCUUUCUUCAACUUGGAGAAGCCGACCGGAGCCACACCAAACAAACUAAACCAUGAACUCAUAGAAAACCAUGGAAAUAUGAGUCUUAUUGUGUUUUCAGCUACAAAUAAAAGACAAAAG